AUGUGCGGAGAGAAAGAGCUCGAGUCUUCUGAUUACUCGUCGGAUGAGGACACUGAGUCGCUCGACUCGUUCCAUUCUAUCAAAACCGAGAGAGUUGCACGUACCUGGGCCUACAGUAUCCUCUUCUGCUACACGCUCGCCGCCAUCUCGUUCAUGGCCAUCUUCGUCAUCUGGUUCUUCACCAAAGAGGAGGACAUCUCGGAGGAUGUCUUGGAUUUUGACUAA